AUGCAAAAUUAUACUGAAGAAGUAGAAUUCUUAGCAGAACUUCAUUUUUCAUGUUCUCUUUCCAAAGCUGAAUCAAAAGGAAUUUUUCAUCGUGACACGAUGAAAAAUGUUCCAUUAAUUAUUAUUGCUAAUAAACAAGAUUGUACUGGUGCAUUAUCAUCUGAUAUUUUAAUAGAAAAACUUGAUUUAAAUCAAUGGUAUCAUUGA